AUGGAGAACGGACGGGCUCAGCGAGCCACAGCUGGAAAGCCUGUGCUCUUCUUCGACAUCGACAACUGCUUGUACUCGAGAAGCCAUAAGAUCCACGAUUUGAUGGCGAAACUCAUUGACCAGUACUUCAUGACGCACCUCGCAUUGCCUGAAGAGGAAGCCUCGAGGUUGACCAAGGAAUACUACAAAACAUACGGCCUUGCCAUUGAAGGACUGGUCCGCCACCACCAAAUCGACCCACUGGACUACAACACUAAGGUUGACGACGCUUUGCCUCUGGAAGACAUGCUGAAGCCCGACCCUGAGCUCCGACAGCUCCUGGAAGACAUUGACAGAAGCCAGGUCAAAGUAUGGCUGUUCACCAACGCCUAUAUUAACCACGGAAAGCGUGUCGUCAAACUGCUGGGAAUCGACGAUCUCUUUGAGGGCCUCACAUACUGUGACUACGCUCAGCUCCCAUUUUUAUGCAAACCGGCAAAAGAAAUGUUCCGCAAGGCUAUGAGUGAAGCGGAUGUUGAAAGGGCUGAAGAUUGCUUCUUCGUUGACGAUUCAUACGAUAACUGCAAGAGUGCAUCGGAGCUCGGUUGGACGGCAGCGCACUUGGUGGAAGCAGGGCUGCCUGUGCCCGAAACCAAAGCGUCCCAGUUUCAGAUCCGCCAUCUCCAGGAACUGCGCAUGGUAUAUCCGCAUUUCUUCAAAUCAGCCGCCGUCUAG